GACUUGCGCAGAAGAACCGACUUCCUCUUUCACCACAAGCUGAACAUGGCGCCAAAAAGGCAAACCAUUGUAAAGAAGGACAAAAGGAAGGCUUCUUUGAAGUUCACUCUUGACCUUACUCACCCUGUUGAGGAUGGAAUCCUGGACUCUGGGAACUUUGAGACCUUUCUGAAGGAGAAGGUAAAGGUCAAUGGAAAAACAGGGAAUCUGGGCAACACUGUCCAGAUUGCUCGCUUGAAGAACAAGAUCACAGUCACUUCAGAAAAGCAGUUCUCCAAGAGGUACCUGAAGUACCUCACGAAGAAGUAUCUGAAGAAGAAUAACUUGCGGGACUGGUUGAGAGUGGUGGCCUCAGACAAGGAGAGCUAUGAGCUGCGCUACUUCCAGAUCAGCCAGGAAGAUGAGGAAUCGGAGACUGACGAGUAAACGUCCAGCGCUGUGGAGGACUCCUGGGUGUUUGCAAAAUGACAGCAGUAUCCAGCUGCAAUGCCUGGAUGGGUAGUGGAAGUACAAAUAAAUGCAUUUUGUAAACCA